CAUCACUGCCUUCUCUUUCCGAACCCUCGACGUCGGCCUGAAGGAAAAGCAGACAAAAUGCGUGAGUGUAUUUCUAUUCAUGUUGGACAAGCUGGAGCCCAGAUGGGCAAUGCAUGCUGGGAAUUGUACUGCUUAGAGCAUGGUAUCCAGCCGGAUGGACAGAUGCCCAGUGACAAGACUAUUGGAGGAGGAGAUGAUUCCUUCAACACUUUCUUCAGCGAGACAGGAGCAGGGAAACACGUCCCCCGUGCUGUGUUUGUGGACCUGGAGCCCACUGUCAUUGAUGAGGUGCGUACAGGUACCUACCGCCAACUCUUCCAUCCCGAGCAACUCAUCACAGGCAAGGAAGAUGCCGCCAACAAUUACGCCCGUGGACAUUACACCAUUGGCAAGGAGAUUAUUGACCUGGUUCUAGACAGGACUCGCAAACUGGCUGACCAGUGUACAGGCCUCCAAGGUUUCCUCAUUUUCCAUAGCUUUGGAGGAGGGACUGGAUCUGGGUUCACCUCUCUGCUGAUGGAACGUCUCUCAGUCGACUACGGCAAGAAGUCCAAGCUGGAGUUUGCUGUCUAUCCAGCUCCUCAGGUGUCUACAGCAGUGGUGGAGCCCUACAACUCCAUCCUGACAACCCACACCACACUGGAGCACUCUGACUGUGCUUUCAUGGUGGACAAUGAGGCCAUCUAUGACAUCUGCCGAAGAAACCUCGACAUUGAACGUCCUACGUACACCAACCUCAACAGGCUCAUUGGCCAGAUUGUCUCCUCAAUCACAGCCUCUCUGCGCUUCGAUGGAGCCCUAAACGUGGAUCUUACGGAGUUCCAGACCAACUUGGUGCCCUACCCUCGUAUCCACUUCCCUCUGGCAACCUAUGCUCCAGUGAUCUCUGCUGAAAAGGCUUAUCAUGAGCAACUGUCAGUUGCUGACAUCACCAAUGCAUGCUUUGAACCAGCCAAUCAGAUGGUCAAGUGUGAUCCUCGCCAUGGCAAAUACAUGGCCUGUUGUCUGCUCUACCGUGGAGAUGUGGUACCCAAAGAUGUCAACUCAGCCAUCGCCACCAUCAAGACCAAGCGCACCAUCCAGUUUGUUGACUGGUGUCCAACAGGCUUCAAGGUGGGCAUCAACUACCAGCCACCCACUGUGGUACCUGGCGGAGACCUGGCCAAAGUCCAGAGGGCUGUCUGCAUGCUGAGCAACACCACUGCCAUUGCCGAAGCCUGGGCUCGUCUGGACCACAAGUUUGACCUGAUGUAUGCCAAGAGGGCCUUUGUCCACUGGUAUGUGGGAGAAGGCAUGGAAGAGGGAGAGUUCUCUGAAGCCAGAGAAGACAUGGCAGCCCUGGAGAAGGACUAUGAAGAGGUCGGCACUGACAGUGUAGGGGAGGAAGAUGAAGAAGGAGAAGAGUACUAAUAUGGCAAAAUAUUUUUUCUUCAGUUCAGUUUCCUGAGUCCUGUAACCUUUAAUAUGGACACUGCUGAUGUUUUACACAUUUUUCCACAAUUCCAAGUGUGUUAACCAACAUUCUGCGCACAUACAUUGAAAAGGAUCCUAUUGCAACGAAUGCAAUGAUACUGAGUCAAAAUUUUCAAUAAAUAAGCCAUAUU